GCAUCACGGAAAUUAGUGGAACAUAACCUCACUUUUCUCUUUGCCUUUGCCUUUGCCUUUGCCUUUGCCUCCUCUAUAUAUGAACCAACCAACUCACUCACUUUCCAAAUUGCACAAUGGAAAACCUACGAAGACAUUUCUCUAAGAAAAAGGACGCAUGCAGUGUUAUUGGACGGGUCAAGCGCAAUGGCCAUUGCAAGAAGCACCCCAAACACCAACAAUCACCCGGUGUGUGUUCUCUUUGCUUGAGGGAAAAACUCAUUCAACUAUCUUCUUCUAACUCACCUACAAUCUUCACCAAUGCUUCUUCUACUUCUUCUUCUUCUUCUUCUUUGUCAUCCUAUUACUCUUCAGCUUCUACUACUUCUUCCUGUGCUUCUCCAAUGCCUUGUUUCUGUUUCACUACUCAGGGAAAGAGUAGCUCUUCGGUUUCGAUCUUUCUGCUCAGUGGUAACCAUGGAAUCGUAAAGAGUAGGUGUAGGUCAUUGGAUCAUAUUGUUCCAAGAAGAAGAGAUCAUUGCGAAGGUGGUGCUGACAAUCGAAAUAAGAGUGUCGACAAAAGUGGGUUUUGGUUCAACUUGCUUCGUCCUAAAAGCAAGAGAAUGACGAAGGAAUAUUGUAGUGAGGACACUAAGCUAGUUCCUUCUAUGUCUAUAAAAAUAAGGGAGACAGUGGUUUAAAUUUUUCUAAAAAGAUUGAUUGAUUGAUCUUGAGAAAAGCUGUUACCAAUAUUGCGUUUACAUCUUUCACCUUAAAGUUCAUUAAUUGGUGGAUCAUGGUGUUUGAAUACUCUUAGGUCUAAUUAGUUAUUUCCAUUUUCUACGAACAGAAAGAGAAAUUGAGAUCAUGUAUUACAUUACAUGCAUGUGAACUCUGUGUAAAAAUUGAUGUACAUUUCUUUUUAUCGUGAAAGGUAGAAUUGCAAAUGAGUUUUAUGUA